GAGAGAGAGUAUAAUAGUACCAUAAAUGUGACUUUUCUUUUCUGAACAUAUUCAUUCAUUAAGUAGUGACAACAUCUUCUGGAGACCGUUUGCAAUUAUAUAUAUUUUUGCAAUAAAUAUUUUUUGAGAAUAGGGGGUAAAAUCAUCACCGUGGCACCCUACUCUGUAGUUGGAACGAAAGCUCGCAUUUCCAUGCUGUGUUGAGUCGAAGGGCGAGUGAGUGUGUGUGUGUGUGUAUUACUGGACUGUGUCGUCGCGCGCAGCUCGUGAGGCUGUUGUUCACUCAGUGAGUCCGCGAGAGCAGCAACCGCACAGUACGUGGAAUUACCAUAUAACACAUUAACUGACGCGUCUUGAAGCUUUCGAUGCAAGACUGAUUAUUCCUUGGCGUAUAUCACAGCCAUGGCUUCACUAUUGAUUCGAAUAUACACAGUAAUGCCCAUUGCUCCACGAAUGUUUUGACUCCUUUAAAAAUCAGUUUCGGUUGCAACGGUUGGCUCUCCCGAAUCGGAACCCUUUCGAUUUGGAAUUACGGAGUCUCGUGUGAACUUUGUAAAUGAAGAUUAAAUACAGUGGCACGCGUUUCUUCUCUCUGCCGGGCAUCGCACAUGGGGUGACACCAAGGAGUUUCCUGGGCCGCUGAGACGUGACUUUGGGCCGGGCGUCUCAUUUCCUCUGCCCCUGCUGGCCCAGACAAGCUCGUAUAAGCUGCCCUCUGAAUGACUACUGGCUAUAAGGUUGCAGGGAUUUGCCAAACCGUCACCAUGAGCAAAUACUCCCAGUACUACAACAACACUCUCAUACAGGUCCACUAUCUUUUCGCUAAAGAAAUGACCAAGAAUGAAUUAAUUGAGCGCAUGAAGAAAAAAGAGAGCCUCAGCUCCCUGAACCUUUUAUUUGUAAUCAUCUGCAGUAUCAUCAUCUUGGAAAACCUCCUGGUGCUCAUUGCCGUGUUCCGCAAUAAGAAGUUCCAUUCAGCCAUGUUCUUCUUUAUCGGGAACUUGGCCUUCUCUGACCUACUAGCUGGGUCUGCUUAUAUUGCCAACAUCUUCCUGUCAGGGCCUCAGACAUUUCAAUUGACACCUGUCCAGUGGUUCAUACGAGAGGGCACUGCUUUCAUUGCACUGGCUGCCUCAGUUUUCAGCCUGCUGGCUAUCGCUAUAGAGCGCUACAUUGCCAUCACCAAGGUCAAGGUCUAUGGCUCCAACAAAACUUGCCGAAUGUUUCUUCUAAUUGGCGCUUGCUGGGUUAUGUCCAUUUUUGUGGGAUGUCUUCCCAUUAUUGGUUGGAACUGUAUCAAUAACCUAGUGGAAUGCUCCGCUGUCCUGCCUCUCAACUCCAGAUACUACAUUCUGUUUGUUGUCACCAUCUUUAGCAUCAUCUUACUGUCCAUUGUGAUCCUUUAUGUUCGCAUCUACCUUAUUGUGCGCACCAGCCACCAAGAGGCCACCAAUUCUCCAGCUUACGCUCUCCUGAAGACGGUCACAAUUGUACUGGGCGUGUUCAUCGUGUGUUGGCUGCCUGCCUUCACUAUCCUUCUCCUGGAUACUUCAUGUAAAAUGAAACAAUGCCCUAUACUCAAUAAUGCCGCUAUCUUCUUCAGCAUAGCCACCCUGAACUCUGCACUGAACCCAUUGAUCUACACGAUGCGAAGUAAGGACAUGAGGAAGGAGUUCCUCAGGGUUCUGUGCUGCUGGGGGCUUCUCAAUUGUGGUAGACCUCCGCACCGCUGCAUGAUCCCACUCAAGAGCUCAAGUUCACUGGAGCACUGCACCAACAAACACGAACAUCAGUCGAUUCCCAUCAUGCAAGACUGCACUACCUGUGUGUAAAGGUGUUUGAAAAUUGGAGAGGAGCAAAGCUGAAGAGAACUGAGAACUGGAGGCAAGACACAGAAGACAAAAGUGUUCAGAGACGUCGUGGAUGCUUUAAGAAACUAGAAUCACAAUUAUUUCUUAUGGAUAUGGCAAAUAUCACAGCUGUGGUAAUGGACACCUUGUGUCCUUUGUUGCUUCUAUCCUAGCAAAAGUUGAUGACCAUCCCAGAACAAGACUCAUUUUGCAACUGUUUUUCCACCACGUAUUUUACAUUUUUUAUGUAUUAAGACCUUGGAAAUCAUUUUUUUCUUCCACAUCUGUGCAAACUAUUGAAUUCAAAUGGGUAUUAAUGCAUUUUAGCUCUUGGACAAUGUUUUUGCUUGGUAACAAAAAUACAGAUGCAAUUUCUGUUUCUUAAUAAAUCAAAGUUGAAGAUAUUGCACUUUGUAGCCUUCUAGACAGUUUGGGAUUGUAUAUGCCGACCAAUCUAUCAGAAGUCGCAUACAACAUGUAACCUACAAAAUGUAUCCACAAGUAGGCUACGGUUUCCUUGGUUCAGAAAAAGCUGGACAGAUUGACAUGUAAGGAUCAACAAUGCACUCCAUGUUAGCCAAACCACCAUGCAUGCUUGCAGAACCUCUUCUAAUGUAAUUAUCGAAUUACUUUAAUAUACUGUACAUAAU